AUGGCUGCUGCAGAUGUUAAGAAAGUGUUGCGUUUAAAACAUCAGCUUGAAGCAUCAUCAGAAGCCGAAGCGGUCUUGAAAACUCUGAAGAAACUCAAGGAAUUGGACAUAACGUUAGAUAUUCUUGCAGAAACAGGAAUUGGGAAAGUCGUGAAUUCCUUUCGUAAGCAUGCUGAUGCUGGGGAAUUGGCCAAAACAUUAGUCAGUCAAUGGAAAAAACUGGUCCCAAAAGAUAAUACCAGCUCAGGAUGCAAACCCUCAAAGCUUACUUGCAGUGAAAGCAGGGAUGACUCAAAGGGCAAAUCAAAAGAACCUGUGGAGAUCUACAGGAAAUCCCAGUCAAAAUCAUGCCAAUCAUUGGGAAAGCUACAGGAGCCCUCAAAGUUUAGCCAUAGCAGUGACUUUAAAAAGACCGUUCAAGACACUGCAAAUAGCCAAGUUACCCAGGAAAAAGUUCAGAGACUGUCCAUGCAAGGUAAAGAAACAAUUGAAAAGCCAUCUGAAGCUGAUCCAGUCCCCUGCCUCAGUAAAGAUAAAGAAUCAAAGAAAACCAAAGAGAAACUGGCAGAGAUUGAUGAGCACAAGAAGUCCGAAGGCCCUGAAAAACCAUCAAUGUCAUUUGAGGCCUACUUGAGUUAUGACCUGGAGGCACCCAAGAGGAAAAAACAAUCAUGUGAUGGUAAAAAGGCCAAGAGAUUUAAAAUGGACAGAAAGGCGGAUGCACAAGUUCAGGCGCCAGGUGUAAAAUCAAACACUCGGUUAAUACAAGACCCUCCUAAUAACAUGGUUGUGCAGAGUUCUUUCAUGGAGUUGCUAAGUAUUCCAUUGCCUGCAACUCUUCCAGAGUGUGAUGACCUCGCUCAGUUCAGCUAUUUUGAGAGGAAGACUGAGGAAAAGGUCUUUGAGGAACCCCCAGUGUUCACAGGUCAGAGGUUAAAUAGGAAGAUGCAGGUAUACUCGGGUACUAAGAUCAGCUACCUGCCAAAGAUGUUGACCUUGUACCAGCAAUGCAUUCGUGCUCUUCAGAACAACAUUGACUCGCUCUAUGAAAUUGGAGGGGUGCCUUUUGAAAUUGUGGAACCAGUCCUGGAACGCUGUACCCCUGAACAGCUUCUUCGAAUUGAAGAGUGUAACCCUGUGUACAUUGGGGAGACGGACCACCUGUGGGAGAAACACUGUAAGAGGGAUUUUAGGAAUGGUCAGCUGCAGGAAUAUGAGUCCUGGAGAGAGAUGCACGUCCGACUGUCUGAGGAGAGAGAAAGGAAACUCAGAAGACUCACAAAAAGCAUUGUUUCUGCUCAGUCUGGGAAACCCAAAGGGAGACAGGUAAAGUUGGCGUUCAUCCACUCUGCUGCCAAGCCACCCAGAAAUGUACGGAUCCAGCAAGAGAUUCACGGCACAGCUGGUCCGACAAUACAACCUCACCCACUGGACAAAGCUAGGGGACAGGAGAACCGAGGAAGGCCCUGCUUCAGUGAGCCCACAAGGUCAACUGUCACCAGUGCCAGCUCUAGCCAAGCCCAAGAUCCACGAAAAAUAAAAAGGGUGGCGCCCAUGAUGGCAAAAUCCCUGAAGGCCUUUAAAAAGCAACUGGGACGGCGAUGA